CGCGCGCCCCGCGCGCCUUGCGCGCGCGCGCGCUCCUCGCGCGCGCAUGGCCGAGGCGGGCGGCGCCGGCCCCGACGAGGUGCUCGGGAGCCUGCGUGAGCUGCUCCGCGGCCAGCGCCGGCUGGAGCAGCUCGUGGCCAGACUCGCGCCGGGCGCGGCCGCUGCCGGCGGCGGCGGCGUCGACGCUUUUCCGCCGCUGCCUCUGCCAGAGGGCGCGGAGAGGGAGCUGCUCGAGGAGCCGCCGAGCUGCAGCGCGAGCCCGGCGAAGAGCGCCCGGCGGGAGGCCUCGAGGAGGCUGCUUGACGACCUGGUGAGUCCCGCGGCGAGCAUGUCGUGGCUGCUGCACGACAGGGACGCCGUCCACGACACGCGCUCUAUCGAGAGCAAGGUGUGGCUGGAGCGCGUCGAGGUCCGGGAGGAGCUGGUGAAGUGCGGCAGCAGCGAGGCGCUCGAGAAGGAGUGCUCCAGGCACAGGUCGUACGGCCCCAGGCGCACGUUGCGCUCCAGCAGCGUCGCCAGCGUCGUGAGCCUGAGCGGAGUCCAGGAUCUGGCCGCUCUUACGCCUACCUCGGCUUCGGAACGAGUCCUCUCGAGCCUGCGACUGUUGCGCCCGGGGAACAUGGUGGAGCUCCUGAGGGAACUCCGAGCAUGGCUGAGCUGGAGCAGGCUUUCCCGCAGCACCGUGCUGUCUCCGAGCUCGACACCACGGGCCUGGCUUGACGCCGUGAGCUUGCUCGUGCUCUUGUACAACUUGUCGUCCAUCCCAUAUUUUUUUGCGUUCCAGGUCGACAACGGAGCCAGCCCUUGGGUGACAUUUGAGUACGUGUCGGCCUCGUUCUGGUUUGUCGACCUGCUGGUGAGCUUCAGGACAGGCUACUAUGCAGACGGGCAUCUCCAUAUGGAACCCUGGAAGAUUGCUCGUCGCUACUUGCGGAGUAGCUUCUUCCUGGACCUCCUCACGCUUUUGAUCGAUGUCGUGUCCAUUGUAUUACGGGCACUCGAGAACGAGAGCGUGGUUCCCGCGGCGUACAUUCGGACCUUCAAGAUUGUACGCGUGUUCCGACUCGCGGGGGUGACGAGGGUGAGAAACCUCCAUGGUAUUCUGGAUCGGUUAGGGAACUCCUACCACGUCAUUUUGGUGAAAGCGUUCACGGGGUCUUUGUACAACAUCUGCAAGUUCGCGCUAGCUCUGGUUUGGGUGAACCACACGAUCGCAUGUUUCUGGUGCUUCCUGGGCAGGGAGGAUCCUCGAGGGUCCGUGUCCGACACGGGCUUCACGUGGAUGGACACCGGGGACGGGCUGGCUUGGGCAUACAGCCAUUCCGGGCGGCUUUACCAGUAUGCCAUCGCUUUCCACUGGGCCCUGACUCAGAUGACGCCGGGUUCCAUGCAGGUGUUCCCAGUGAACAGCGUUGAGAGGAUCUUCAACAUCAUCUGCCUCAUUGGUGGCCUCCUGGUUUUCUCCGCCUUGGUGUCAGCGAUCUCGGCGAGCGCGGCACAGCUCAAGAUCGACAUGCAGGGGCACAGCCGGGAGAUGGAGAGGCUGAUCCGCUUCUUGCACAGGUCGCACAUUGAGCCCGAGCUCAGAAUGCAGGUCUGCAAGCAGAUCAGAGUGAAAUUGGUGCAGCGACGACCCGAGGUGAUCAAGGACCUGUCGGUGCUCGGCCUGCUCUCGCUGUCGCUGCGCCACGCGCUCCAGCUGGCGCUCUGCAACCCGCACCUCCUGGAGCACCCCCUGCUCCACUUCCUCUCCAUCGCCGACGCCGCGAUGUGGGAGGAGAUCUGCAUGAGGUGUGCGCACUUCUCCGUGCUGGUGAAGCGGGACAGCCUCUUCGUCUUCGGGGCCGAGGCCGAGGGGAUCUACUUCGUGGUGCGCGGGCCCCUGUCCUACGACCUGGACAAGAGCUUCCCGGCGCAGACCUCAGAGACGAAGCAGGCCGAGACCGGCUCCUGGCUCUCCGAGGCGGCGUUGUGGUGCCACUGGCGGCACAUGGGCUGCGCCGAGGCCAAGGACCCCGCGGGCGCGGGCUGCUGCGAGGUGCUGUUCCUGCAGGCCGACGCGCUAAUCCCGAUCCUAACCAAGAGGGGCCUGAUCGGGCAGCUGGCGUGGGCGUACGCCCGCGGCUUCCUCCACUUCCUGCAGAAGUCUGCGCCCCCCCUCUGCGACUGGCCGAACGACCUCGACCUGCCCUUUGGCGCGGACGAGGUCAUCGCCGCCAUGCCGAAGGACGCCACGGCCGUUGUGGGCCAGUGCGCCAUCGACGUGCUGCGGGCGCCCACUGGCUCGCUCCUCACCGGCUGGCUGCGGGAGGACACCAUCGAGAGGUUGGCCACGGAGGUGCAGGCCGGCCGGUGCGCGCUCCUCACGACGGGCCGCGGGGGGGUGGUGCGCUGCGUGCCGAUCGUGGUGCUGCAGAUGCGGCGCCGGGACGGGCGGAUGCUCGUGCGCAUGAGGCUCACGUGCAGGGCCGACGGCGUCCAGGAGGCUACCUGUCAGCUGCCGGGGGGCAAGCAGGAGGUGGGGGAGCCUCCCGACGGUUGCUUCCAGCGGCUGCUGGACGGGAAGCUCAAGGCCCUGGCCGACGGCAUCAUGGUGGUCGGGGUGGAGAGACAGAGCGAGCAGGACAAGUCCUGGAAGUUCGGCGUGCCGACGAGGUAUGUCCGCACAGUCGUGUCGGCGGAAUGGCUGCAGCAGGAGGGGGACGUGGGGCCCCUCGAUCAGUUCAUAGUGCCUGGGGUGGACACCUUGGAGUUGGCGUUGAGCCAGAGGUCGAGCGGGGGAAGCUCGUUCAUCAGGAGGCCGAAGAACGAGCCGAGCUUUCCAGGGGAGGGGGAGGUCCUCAUGCUUCCAGGAGACGUGGGGUUCUACGGUUGGCUCACCGAGGACCAGUUCAUCUUCUUCAAGGGCCCCAAGGGUCAGCACAACUUGUUCCACUGGCUCACGCAGCUGUACAAGGCGGUCGGGGUUCAUCCCGACGACCUGGACAGGGACGAGACGAAUCCAGAGGUCGAGUCUCCGUUGUUCUUCCCAGGCAGCAGUCGACAGGUCGGCGAGGGGUCCGACAGGGACGCGUGCUCCACGCGGCCGCGCGCGGGGUCGAUCUGACGCGGGGCCAUCGACCGGGCGCCCUUCCCCGUUGCGCAGGAGGGAGGCCUUCGGACGUUUGAAACGUACCUCCCGGGGGGGCGACAAACGUGCCUCAAAGCUUCGUCUCAUUCCGACCUCCGAGCGUAGCUCCAAGCCUCUCAUCCUAGACACAUUGUUGAUGGCGCGGCGCAUUACGGUCAUGCAUUGGACCGAGCUUGCUAAUUCAACGUGGGCCAGGCCCAAGUUUUCGACGCUGAGUAGGCACCCCUGGGAAGUAUAGUGUGAAUUUGGUGCGCCUCAAACGCCAACACUUUAUUCGAGUGUUUGGCGGGGGGUCUUUUUUGCAGACAUGGACAGAGCUGAGACCGACGCAACACCCCCAGCCUGACCGAGGUAUCCAGAGCUGUCUAGCAGGCAGUGUCUGAACGAGAGACUGACCACGAUUGCAUCGGGGAGUGCAGGAACAACAAAUGCUGUCUAUUCCCCUUUGCACGUGUCUGAUUUGCCUUCCC